GUAUGAUUCGCGCAGAGCAGCUUGUAUUGCUAUCCAGCUUCCUGCAUCUUACGGUGUGCUUCAGACCACAGCGUAUCAUGGGAGGAGAGGAAACAACUAUCGAUGAUUUUCCAUUUAUGGCGGGCUACGAGAGGUGGGGUUGGAUGGAGUGUGGAGCGACCAUCGUCAGGGAUGACUAUGCCAUGACUGCUGCCCACUGCGUGCGUGGAAAUGAGAAAGAUGGUGAAAUAACGCUGCGUAUUGGCACAUCUUACCGUGAGAGUGGAGGAUAUGUGGUUACCGCGACGAAACUGAUCACACAUGCUGGAAGGCGGGCUCACGACAUCGCUCUUAUACGCUCGGAAAGAGUGUUCCCCAUGGGUGAAAAAGUGAAGGUGGUGACGCUGGGUAAAACACGUUUAGCUUCCUACGUUCCGGGGACGAUUGUCGGAUGGGGCAAGCAAUCGGGCUACGAAGACAGCCCAACGCAAAUGAGGAAGACGACAAUGCAAAUGGUGGCCAGGGCGGAGUGCAAAUAUGCGGUCGACUUCGACUGGGAGACUAACAUAGAGAUAUUCUACUGUGCGCGGCCUGCAGAAGAAGGGAAUGACGCAUGCGCAGGUGACAGCGGGGGACCGUUUCUAGUCGACGGAAGGCAGUACGGCAUCGUGUCGCGUGGACAGUGCACUGGCACAUUAGACGAUCGACUUGCGUUCACUACUAUAUACCACUAUCUAGACUGGAUUGACACUAUUGCAGGUAACCUCACAGUACCGGGAAGUUAAUCACUCUUAUCAAACUUUGCUUAGGAGCGAUAUUUCUUCUCAAACGCUCCUUACUCUGGAGAAGUUGCAUACAAAAAACUAAGAGGUUAAUAAA